AUGGAGAAGGAGCCACAAGCCUCUUCCCCUAUAAAGGCGAUCCACUUCGCCACAUACCACCUCAAAGCACCUCUUGAGCGAACAAGAGAUACCAAGAAGAAACUUCUUCCUUACCUUGAAGCAGCCGACCUGGAGACGUCUAGCCAAGCCGCAUCAUACCAAGAAGAGCACCUUCUAGCCACACCAGAAGAGGAGAUUGACCCUGAGCUGAUCGAGUUCGUGAAGAGAGAUCAAUUCCAUGAUCUGUUUUCAGAGUAUGCGCUGGAGCACAUAGAUCACUUUGACAAUCUUUGUGAUUCCUAUGGAGUUUUUGACUUUGAGAAGAAGAUGAUGCUAUUCAGCACAUCACUAGCUGGAGCACUAGAUUUGCAAAGAUGCCACCUUUCAAAUCCAAUACCAUCAUACUCUCAUCAGCUGGAGAGAGAGCGUGACGAAGAAGAAUAA